AUGGCUAUCUUCAUAUACCUAUCAAGUGGCAAAUCAUUAUCUCUGAAUGAUCCCCGUAUAUGUCCCAUCGCGGGGGAGUUUGGCCGCAUCGAGGCACCAUUGGGAGCUGAUAUUCAGGGGCUUUGGCCUUUACAAGGCCGGAGUACCGCUCCAUGGGGAGGACCUGAGAGAACGGAUGAAGCCGGGCAUGGCGGAGAAUUUUGCUGGGGAGAGACAGUUAGAACUGCUUUGCAAAAGAUUGCAUUAUUCAAGCAUCGCCUUGGCACGGGCGUUGGCAGGCAACGCGGAGAUAAGCCAACUCGAGCUCCGAACCAACACGCCAACACCAAGGGUCGUUCUCGUCAACCAAGUACUCCUCUUAGAGAAUCGGAUUUCCAGAAUCCCACCGCAAACAUGGCGAUUCUAUCAGCAGUUACAAUGAUUCGCAGCUUGUCGUUAUUCCACGUCACGCUUGCCGCGCUGCUCUUGAAGAAUCCCGCCAUUAUUGCAAAGCAAGGAGUCGUCCUGGUCCUAGGACAGGCUAUGCAACUCCCCAAUCCCCGCGACUUCAACACGCCCACCGCAGCCACCGCUUUCCUCGCCGUGCUCUUCGCCUUCAUUGGCCUCACCGACCUGACCGCCCUCUCCCUCUCAGACGAGGUCUUCGACCAAUUCUGGGGCACACAGACACCCGUACGCCUCGUGUUUCUGUUUGCUCUCACCGGAUAUGCAUACGUGUCCAAGGAGGGCGGUAUGUUUGCGCCAAGGACGCAUGAGUACGCCAUGCGUUCUGGUGCCGGUCUGAGUAACAGCAUCAUCUUCACAUGGGGCUUCUUUGAACUUGUCUUGUGGUUCUUUGUUUAUACGUCGCUACGCCAAGAGAAACAGGAGAAGCUGAACAAGAUCAUCGAGCAGCGAAAGGCGGAGGAAAAGGAUCGAUUGUAA